AUGGUGGGCGGGGUGCACGCUCGAGGCUCUGGGCUGCUGUUCCGAGCGGCCGCGCUGCGCGACAGGUUUGGGAUCGGCAGCGUUCGCCUCAUGCUGUCGGUCGCCGUCCUCCUCCUGUCGCUCGGCCCAGCGAGGUUCGUGGGCCACUCUGGCGCGGCGCUGGUGGUUGGCCUGGGCUCCGUUGUGCUCGGCCUGGAGGCGCUCGCUGUCUGCGACAGCAAGAGCAGCGAGGGCAUGUUGCGCAGGACCGUCCCAGUGGUGCUCCUCGUGCUUGCAGUUGUCGCCUCAGCAGUGCAGGGCUUUGACUCCACGCCGCAGAGCAACACCGAGCUGGAGCAGAAACCCACAUUCUUACCAGUGCCACCACAGUAUGACCUGCGAAUUCCCAUGCAGCGACUGUACGUGCCGCUCAUUUACGGCAUAAUGCACGCCAAUCUUGCAGUCAUAUGCUUGUUGCCGUUGCCAGUCUGCUACUACUUGCAGGCGCGCUUGGUGAGCAGGUGGCCGAGCCUGCGGUGGUUGGUGCCGCAGAAUCCUGUUUGGGCGCACCGCAUGUUAGGCUAUGCGCUUCUGGGUGGGAUCUCCGUGGCGGCCAUGAUCUGGCUUCUCCUCCAGGGCCACCAGUGCCUGUCUCAGAAGGCGUCCCCUGAGGGCGGGGAGCGCGCCUGCUUCGCCUUCGACCCCGGCAGCAUCGGGAACCCCACCGACCGCCGCAAUGGAGUGGACGUGUUCGUGCUGCGGUUUCACCUGGCCUGGCCGCUCAUCUACUCCUUCAUCUCGAAGAAGAAAACAGAGUACCCGAGCCACGAGGAGCGGCCGGAUGCUCCGCGCCGCGCGCCGGGCGCGGAGCGCGGCGGUCCCGCCCCCGCCUCGGCGGCUCGAGCCCCGCGGCUGCGGGCGCUGCUCUCCCGAGGGGCGCGCCCGGGGCCCGCCCGCGCCGACCCAGACGAGGAUCGGAGGGGGCGGCCCUGCUGCCGGACGGCGAUGGCGGCCAGGCGCUCGCACCGAGGAUCCCAGAUCACCGCCCGCAGCAUCUUCGAGGGUGCGUGCACGUUCGUGUUCCGGCGCGUCGUCGACAUUUGUCUGCUGGUUGGCGCGGCCGCAGGGUGUUUGCUGGUCCAGGGCGACAACAUCGACAAGAUGACGCCGGCGUUCGUCCCCCUGGCGAGCGCUCUCGUCUUCCAGUGGCCUCUUGUCCUGACUGUGCUGGCGCUGCAGACGAUGUUUAAAUUUAGAAGCUUCUUGCGAGAGGUCGCUGGCCCAACGAUCUCGAGCAAGGUGGGCAUCGGAAGGUUUGACGAGUGGUUUGGGUUCUUGCAGAGGUCUUGGUGGGAGAUCGCCUACUUCUGCCACGUCUCAGCGUACAUGCUCCUCCUCGCGGCCGCACUCACCAUACGCCUGCAGGUCUUCUGGCCCACGCUCUUCACAUGGGCGUUGUAUUUCUACGAUCGCUUCAUGAUCUGGAGAUGUGCCCAGGCGCACUCCACGCCAAUCGUCGUCGGUGCCCGGAGCGGUCCAUCGUCCUACCCGGUCAACAGGGGCGAAGGGGCGGCUGCGGAGCCGUCGCACGUGAGGCUCGUGCUGCGCAGGCCUCCGAACUUCGACUUCAAGGCCGGGCAGUGGUGCCAGCUGGCGUUGCGGCCGUGCGGCGCGUACUGCGGCGCCCCCGGGUGCGUCAAGCCGCUCCUGCAGUGGCACCCGUUUUCCAUUCGCCAGCUCGGAGAAGGACGACUUCUUGGAGUUUCACAUCGGGGUGCACGGGAGCCCUGA